AUGGGUUAUAAAAGGCACCGUCAUCCUCCCCUCUGGAGCAACUUAUCCUCACUUGCCAAUCCAGCUACUGCCUCCCUCCUCGAAACAUCCUCCAAAGAAAUCAAACGCAAUCAUGGUGUACUACGCCUACGCAAAGAAUUUCAGACUUCCUUUGAAGGCCUGGUAUAUUUCUCAGGAGCCGCUGCUAAUUAUACAAACAGAGCAAUGAUGAUUGGUCAUGGGCGCUACAUGAUUAUUGCACCUUCUUACGAUGUCCUGAACCAAUGGUUCGAGGCUGUCAAGGCACGAGUCGCCGAUAAUGUCAUUUGGCGCGUCUCUGAGGAUUUCUACGUGUUCGAUCGGACCAAGUUGAACCUCGGAAGAAGUACCGCACCAAACGCCGAGGCCCCACAGUUCAUGAACAAGCUCAUCUUCCAGCUUCAGAACGACAAUGAGGGCCGAGGUAUCUCGACUUUCAACAACAGCUGGAACCGCUGA